AUGCCCGCCACCGCAACCGCUCGCAAGGCGUAUCGCGCCGACGCAAAGGCCAACCAUACGCUCUUGAGCGAGCAGGAGAGGGCGCGGCUGAUCAAGUCUCACUUGCCUCCCGUCAACGAUAUCCCGCCCGUCUCGAAGAGAAGCAAGCAACAAAAGUCGCACCUCGGCGUUCGCCGUUUCUUGAAGCAUGCGCUCUUCGUCGUCGUCUUCGCCAUCAUGCAUGGCAUCUUCUCCCUCUACAUCCGUCUGCGACAGGCCUGGAACAUUGUGCGCUACCAAAUAUCGUCUGUUCUGUACUACCACCACGGAACUCCGGAAUACAUUCGCAGGGACGUCGCUGGGCUUCCGAAGAAGCCGAGCCACCUAAGCGCCGUUUUGCGUGCUGAGGAGGAUAAGCGACCCAAGGCCGAUCUUGAGCGUUUAAUUGACGAGGCCGCUGAAUUGGCUACUUGGACUGCCUGCACUGAGAUUCCGAUGCUUUCCAUUUACGAAAAGACUGGAAUCCUCAAGAAGCACAUGCCCCGCGUCUACGAGGCCAUCCUUGCCAAAUUUGCCCUUUACUUCGGAACACAACAUGCGUCUCUUUCUGUAACGUCACCUCACCGCGAGGCUCUCUCUACUCCCGCUUCGAUGAGCCCCAACCCCGCCGGCCAGCUGCGAGUUCACCUGAUUUCCGCGCAGGAUGGCCGCGAGUCUGUUGUGGACCUGACCCGAACGCUCGCCGACAUGUCCCAGAAGGGCAAGCUGUCGCCUCGCGAUAUCUCCAUGGACCUGAUCGACGCUGAACUAUCAGAGGGCAUUAUGCCCGAGCCAGAUCUGCUGAUUCUAUUCAGUCCCUAUGUCGAACUCUCUGGCUACCCCCCUUGGCAGAUUCGUCUCACUGAGAUCUUCUGCCUGCAGGACAACGAGUCGUUCGGCUAUCAAGUCUUUGUCAAGGCUCUCCGCAACUUCUCGAGUGCCCAGUUCCGUCGCGGCAAAUAG